AUUUGGUUGGCGCUUUUAGAACUUAUAUGGCACGAAAAGAAGAGAAGAAGAGAAGCAGUGAAAGGAAGAUCAUCGUCCAAACAAGUAUGAAGAAGCAACAGCAGAGUGGUGGUGAAUUGAUGGUGGGAUUCUCGUUUCUGGCAGCUCUCUUGCUCGCGACACUGGGAGCUGUUCAAGCAACCGAGUUUGUAGUCGGGGGCGCGACUCAAUGGAUAAUGCCUCCCAACGGCGACGAUGACUUUUACGAGAAUUGGUCCAAGCAGCAAAACGUUCGUGUCAAUGACACACUCCGUUUCAAGUACAACAGCCAACGGCACGACGUUCUGGAAGUGUCCGAGGAUGACUACGACCGAUGCUCCAGCGCCUCGCCGAUCCAGUCUUUCAACAACGGUGACACCUCGAUCGCAAUGACCAGGCCCGGAUCAUGGUACUUCCUCUGCGGCUUUCCAAAUCACUGCCAAGGGGGCCAGAAGCUGUCCAUCGAUGUCCAAAACGCAUCGCUCACAGGCAGCGCCGCCACUCCACCAUCGUCAAGCUCCAGCAGCUCCAGCUCCAGCUCCAGCAGCGCCGCCGGCAGUAACAUCUCGAGAAAAGAUUUGGAAACUCUCACGGCAGCAGCAGCAACAGCCGGAAUUUCGAUCUUGCUCUUUAUCGUUAUAAUGUGAGCAGCGUUAUUCAAAUAGUUCUUCGUUGAAUUCUUAAUAAAUUUUAAAUCAAUAUUUUUAAUGAUCUAAGUU